GGUUAGAUAAGCCUCGGGAUUCGAUCGUGGAUUGGAUUCAGUGGUGUGAUCACCAGAUCUCGGCUUGGAAUCAGUCAAACAUUUUCCAGUUCCCCGGCAACAUGUCGCUGUCUUUAAGUGUUUGGAUCGUUCUAGGAGUCUUUGCUUUUGCCCAGGGCAAUGUUCGCUUCCACUUCUCGUUGGAUUUCCAUGUGAAGCAGCCGGCCAACUCGACUGAAACCAUUAACAAGACCAUCAUUGUGGAAGACAAUAAGGUAUCCAUGGUGGACAAUGAAGUGACUACGAAGUCUCCCAUGGCUCAGUGGACGGAUCAGGAGCAGUUCAAUGUGGUCACCCUGCAGAAGGUGAUCGAUACCCGGCGCUCGGUGCAGCAACUCAACGCGGAGCUCUCGCCUCUGACAGGCAGGAGCAACGAUCUGGCGAGGAGGGUUAAGCAGAGCCUGCGCUAUGUCAACGAAGUGGACGCCAAUCUCGAGCAUCUGACCAGUUUUGGCCAGCUGGUGGAGCUGCUAAGGAAGUUUGUGACCCUGGUGGAUAGCUUAAGCGAACCUUCUGCAGCGGGUGGAACCCGCAGCCUGGAGUACGUUCUCCUAAAGUUAACCCUCGAGAAGUACGAUAUUCUCAAGCAACGACAGGAGCUUGGGGAGCUCCUGGAGCGGGCGGAGAGCGCCUGGCAGCGAUAUCGAAGCACGCAGGUGGUCCUCGUGGAUAACUCAACCUGAGCAGGGUGGAUAUAUGUACAUAGAUUUAGAGAUACUUUGUUAAGAAUAGAUUUUUAGGGCAGGGAAAGGACAAAGGCCUUCAUCAUCGGGCAAGGCAAUCGCUGCACCAUCAUCUACCAGGGCGGAACGGCCCUUGAAAGGAAUAAAAGUCAUCAAAGGGA